AUGACAAUAAACAAAAGCAAUAAAUUGGUCGUUCUCUAUGCCUCACAAACAGGCAAUGCAGAAUGGAUAGCAAAGAGCAUAAAUCAGGAGGCUGUUCAACGUGGUUUCAAGAGUGAAUGCUACGUAACCGAUGACUAUGAGCAGGCUGAUCUGGAACAUACAAAGGUUUUGAUCGUUGUGGCUGCCAAUACGGGAGACGGAGAUCCGCCCGAAAAUGCAAUAAAGUUUUUUCGUUAUCUUAGAAAAAUCAAAUCAAAGACAUUUUUAUCCCAUUGUCAAUUCGCUAUUCUUGGAUUAGGCGAUACUAAUUAUACUAAUUUUAAUAACACCGCAAAGCGCAUUGAGAAGAAAUUUUUGGAAUUGGGAGGAAGACCAUUCUAUGAUAAAGGAUUGGCUGACGAUGCAUCAGGCUUAGAAACAGUCGUCGAGCCAUGGAUAUCAAACUUGUGGGUAGCAUUAGAGAAAGUAUGUGAACGAACAUCGACUGCAACAACGCAAACUAUAUCUACUAAUGAUUUCAGCAUGAAAGCAAUGCCAACAAAAAACAAGGAUACAAAUACCACCAAAGAAACAACAAUUGAAAACGUAGUCGCCAACAAUAACGCAAGUACGCCCACAGAUGACACAAAUGCGACCCGUAUGAAUCAUGCGGUUUCAUCUACGACUGCUACAACUGUUACAACAUCCACAAGCGCCACUGCCACAACACUCAUCAUCAAAGAAACAACUCUUAAUGAGGAAACUGCCAACAAUUUGACAAUUAUGUCCACAGAUGACACUUCAUCCGUUACGACCUUUACAGCAGCUUUAAGCAUCACCACCCCAAAGCUCUUCUCGCUUGGCACGCCAUUGACCAUCGAUCUUUCCACGUUGUCGACAAUCACCCAACUAACAGCCAUCCCACGCAUUCCCUCCUCCAUUUGCCGCACAACUUUUCAUUCUACUUGCAAACACACUUCAAAAUUUCUUCCACCAUCGUUUAUUUCAACGCCAUCUCCAAUCUUCCAAGCCUACCUCUCUGCCGCUACACUUCUCACUGAUCCUGAUGCAGUCAAACGGACACUACAAAUAGAACUUGAAGUGGACGAAGAAGAAAAAGAUACAGUUACAUUUUUGCCGGGUGAUGCAUUCGGAGUGAUAGCGCCCAACGACGAUGGGUUGGUUCGCGGUCUGUUGAAUAGGCUUGGAAUUGGUGAAGAUGAAAUGCAUAAAGAAGUCGAGAUACAGAGUAUCGAUGUCGCAAAACAUGGUGAUCUUCCAAGUCAUUUGAAGGAAGCAAAGUCAACAUCGUUAUAUGAACUGUUGAGAUAUGGUUUGGACUUAACAUCAUUAAUACGAAAACCAUUGUUGAGAAUGCUGGCAGAAUGUGCUGUCGACGCCGAAGAGAAAAAGACCUUACUAUUCCUGUGUAGUAAGCAAGGUCUCGGCCAGUUUACGGCUCUCCGUAAUCAAUUACCAACGGUUUUAGACGUUCUCGCCACCUUCCCAUCCUGCCAGCCGCCGUUCGAUCGCCUUCUCGACGUACUCUUACCAUUGCAACCGCGUUAUUACUCUGCAAUCAAUUCUUUGCUUGCUCAUCCUCGUUCUAUGCAUUUUGCUUUCAACGUAGUUGAGUUUACAAACGAGUUUGAUGUAAGUAAGCGUGGUGUGUGUACACCGUGGCUAGAUGAAUUAUCGGGGAAAGUGACAGAAAGAGGGGUUAGGGUUGAAAUCAACAAGGACGAACGAGUUGCUAUACCGCUAUUCCUCAAGCCGAAUACGCACGAGUUUAAUGUACCAUCGGAUUUGAAAAGAAAUAUCAUUAUGAUUGGACCUGGAACGGGGGUUGCGCCGUUUUUGGGAUUCCUUCAACAUAGAGAGUGUCAAUUGAAAAUACUUUACGAGACUAUGGAGAGUAUAGCCAAUGUGAACAGAAAAGAUAUUGGAGACAUAGAUCAUAAUGGGGUAGACACCAAUGGAACCGACCAUGGUGACAUCGAACACAAAAAGACUCAAAGCAUCUCUUCCUCAUACGGCGAAAGUUGGUUAUUCUACGGCUGUAGGGAUAAAUCCAAGGAUUUUUUAUACAAGAAUGAAAUAGAAGGAUACCUCUCUCGUGGCAUACUAGGCAGAUUAAGCGUUGCUGUAAGUAGGGAGCCCGGAGCGGGCGAGAACGGGAAACCAAAGUAUGUGCAAGAUUUGAUCAAGAUUCAUGCCAAAGAAGUCUACGAGAUGAUUUAUGACAAGGACGCAGUCGUCUUUGUUUGUGGAGAUGCAAAGGGGAUGGCUAAAGCGGUGAAUGAUACGCUAGCGGCGAUUUUGUCUGAAUACAAUGGUAUCUCACACGCCGAUGCACUAAAGCAGCUGCUGAAAUGGACGGACGAGAAGAAAUAUCUUCUUGAUUUGUGGUAA